CCCGACCAGUCAUGUCCUGGAGUUCUCACCUAGGCUGAGGAGAUGUUGUUUUCAUGAUCCUACCAGGACGGGACUAUCAACUAUGGUCAAGCACCUGUGGUGGAUCCAUUUGCUUUUUGUGCUCCUAGUGCUGGUUUUACCUGGUUUUGCACUACCAUCUGUCAUCAAAGUGGGUGCUCUCUUCACCGAAGAUCAACGGGAUAGUCCCUCCGAACUCGCCUUCAAAUACUCCAUCUACAGGAUUAACAAAGACAAGACACUACUCGCUAACACAACUCUCGUAUACGACAUCCAACACGUGCCAAAGGACGACAGUUUCCACGCAGCAAAGAAAGCUUGCCAACAGGUGAAUUCUGGGGUGAGUGCUAUCUUCGGUCCCCAGAAUCCGUUACUGGGUAGUCACAUCCAGAGUCUGUGUGACGCACUGGACAUCCCCCAUAUCGAGGCCAGACUGGACGUCGAAUCAGAAGAGAAGGAGUUCUCCAUCAACCUGUAUCCUAGCCCUUGGAUGUUGGGCAGAGCUAUUCGAGAUCUCACCAAGUACCUCAAUUGGACGAAAGUGGCCAUUAUCUAUGAGGAUGAUGCAGCUCUCAUCAAUCUUCAAGAGCUGUUGAAACUUCCCGUUCCUCGGAAUGUCCAAUACGUGUUCCGCAAAACGGACCAGAAUGGAUUCCGGGACGUUCUGAGGGACAUCAAAGGCCGUGGGAUCUAUAGUAUCGUGGUGGACACCAAGCCGGACAAUCUGCCUCACCUGCUCAAAGCUAUACUGCAAGUUCAAAUGAAUGACUACAAGUAUUAUUAUCAUUUUACUACUUUGGAUGUGGAAACAUAUAAUCUAGAAGAUUUUAGAUACAAUUUCGUAAAUAUGACAGCUUACAGACUAAUUGAUACAGAACACUGUAGCGUGAAGAAAACCUUGAAAGAUAUGGAGAAAUUUCAAUCCAUAGGUCAUCACAUUAUAAAUAAAACGAAUGUUAUAAAGACCGAGCCUGCUCUUAUCUACGAUUCGGUGUACGCCCUGGCAUGGGGUUUGAACGCCCUGCAAGGCGGCACCACUCUCCGUCCAGUCAACGUUUCCUGCGAGGAAGAGGUGCCUUGGACAGACGGAAGCAGUCUCUUCAAUUAUAUCAAUUCAGUAGAGUUUUGUGGUCUUACAGGAAAAAUACAGUUUAAAGAAGGUCGACGCAGUAAUUUAAAACUUGAUUUAUUAAAACUGAGACAAAAUAGCAUGGAAAAAGUUGGAGAAUGGUCAACGAAUUUCGGUUUGAAUAUCACGAAUCAUCAAGCAUUUCAUGAAUUUGGCACAACCAACAUAACUCUGAGAGUAACCACUAUUGAAGCGGAUCCAUACGUGAUGGUGCGAGAGAACCCCGACCUGGAAGGGAACAGCCGGUUCUACGGGUUUUGCAUUGAUCUCUUGCAGAAAAUUGCAGAAAGGCUGCAUUUCGAGUAUGAUAUCCAUCUUGUGCCCGACCGCAAAUACGGAGCAGUUGAUCCAAACACGGACGAAUGGAAUGGGAUGGUACGAGAGCUUUUAGUGAAGAACGCAGAUCUGGCAGUGGCGCCCAUGACUAUAAAUUACGCCCGCGAGAGUGUCAUCGACUUUACGAAGCCAUUCAUGAACCUGGGAAUCGGCAUCCUUUUCAAGUUGCCCAAGAACAUGCCCGUGCGCUUGUUUUCCUUCAUGAGCCCUCUAGCCGUGGACAUCUGGCUAUACGUGCUGGCCGCUUACGUCCUGGUCAGCUCGACCAUGUUCAUCGUGGCCAGGUUCAGCCCCUAUGAAUGGCAGAAUCCCCACCCUUGUGUCACAGAAUGCGAUGUCAUGGAGAACCAGUUUAGUUUAGGGAAUAGUUUCUGGUUCACCAUCGUGACCUUGAUGCACCAAGGCUGUGACCUCAACCCCAAGGCGACUUCGACGCGUAUCAUAGGCGCCAUCUGGUGGUUCUUCACGCUCAUUAUGAUCUCAUCCUACACGGCCAAUUUGGCCGCCUUCCUUACCGUAGAGCGCAUGAUAACGCCAAUAGAAAGUGUCGAGGACCUGGCGGAGCAGAGCAAGAUCUCUUACGGCACGCUGGAAGGCGGCUCCACAAUGACUUUCUUCAGGGAUUCGAAAAUUGAAACAUACCUCAAGAUGUGGAGAUUCAUGGAAAACCGGCCUUCCGUCUUUGUCAGUUCCUACGAAGAAGGAGUUCAGCGUGUUUUGGAAGGAAACUACGCUUUUCUCAUGGAAUCGACAAUGCUAGACUACAUGGUGCAAAGAGACUGCAAUUUGACACAAGUGGGGGGAUUACUAGACUCCAAAGGUUAUGGAAUUGCUACUCCAAUGGGUUCGCCUUGGAGAGAUAAAAUAUCCUUAGCCAUCCUUGACUUGCAAGAGAAAGGAGUCAUUCAGAUGCUGUACAACAAGUGGUGGAAGAGUCCUGGUAUUACGUGCUCCAGAGACGAUAAGAACAAAGAUGGAAAAGCGAAUGCCUUGGGGGUGGACAAUAUAGGCGGAGUAUUCGUGGUGCUAAUGUGUGGUCUGGCUGUUGCAGUGCUAACAGCGAUUGCUGAAUUUUGCUGGAACUCCAAGAAGAGCGCGCAGUCUGCGAGGGUAGAAGUACAACGACGGACUCUCCCACAGUUACCUGCAGCAAUCCCUGUGCGCGGAGAUGGCGGAGGAGCUGAGAUUCGCAGUCAAGUGCCGAGCUUCCAGACAACGCCCAGCGCUCCGUCGCCAGUGCUCGAAGUGCAUCCCCGGUGCCACCUACGUGCCGGCUGCCAUGGAGGGCCCGCAGGAGAAUGGCAUCAUGCAGAUGAUCGAGAUGAGGAAAUCGCCCAUCAACUUCGACUGUGGCGAUUCCUAGUCUCCUCAGAGCACAGUAGUAGCAGCAGUGUCAACUACCCUCUACAGUCGUGAGCACAGCAACCGGCACAGGCCCGUAUGCAAAUGCCAGUCAUAACACAAAAAAAAGUCUAUAAUCUUAGCACGCUUUAACAUGCUGGAGGAUUGAUAAACAGGAAUGCACUCCUAUUGAAUUCCUGAAAUCCUCGCCAGGAUAACAUGGAAGACGUGAGAUUCGGAGUUUACAUCAUUUCGUCCAGGAUCUCCGGCUAGGACACAACUAGGUCCUGCUCUGAGAACAUCGACAAAAGUUAUUCUUUCAUGUAGUCAUUUUUCUCCUUCCAGUAUUGAUAUAUGUUUUGUUAUUUGUUAGAACAGUACAACAUGGACGAUGUGAGACACGCAUUUCAUAUUUAUUACGUCCAGGAUCUUUGGCUAGGACAUACCUAGGUCCUGCUCUGGGAGUAUAAAUUUAAGUUAUUUCCUCAUGUAGUUGUUAUCCCCUUCCGGUACUGAUAUAUGUUUUUGUCACUUGUUAGAUUUCCAUCAUCACCAAUAAAUGAUUUUAUUUAAAGCAUUUUUGUGAGCUGAAAGGGCUACCUUAAAAAAAACUUCAUGAUGUUGCAUGAGGUUUGUGGAUGUUGAGACUUUUAAACAACCUAAGCCUAAAAAAAAUGAUGAUCUUAGCAAAACUAAAUUUUAAGAUACCAGCUGAAAUUGUUUGCUGUUUUUGUCAUGAACAUAGGGAUUUUAGAUCAGUAUUCCAUCUGGAACUCAUAUGUGAGGACCAUUACAUGUCGUCUCGUAACAGCAAUGCUGUAAAUAUGAAAUUGACUUGACAAGCACGAGCUUCAUUCGAUCAAUAGAAUUGUGUCUGUAGCGUUAAGACGUUAAUUUAGAGGAUGCGAGAACUGCCAAAACAUGCGUACUUAUAUAUCAAACAUUGGUCCCUUUUUAAAUAUGGUAGUAUUUUUAAAAUUAUUUCGAAAAAUUUAGUCUAAACUCAUUUAAAAGAAUUAUACGAAGUUUAGUGGUAGCGAUGAAUUAGAAUGUUAUGGACAUUCCCAAUAAUCAUUAAUAAUUACAUUCUGCCUCUACUUUGAUUUCAAAUAAAUUUUUCAGUGAAUUAAAACUUUGUAUCUCAUGGAUAACAUAUUGAAUGCUAGUCAUUAAAAAUUCAGAAUCAUUUACUACUCCAGUAAUCGCAUUUUUUCACAUUAGAUUCUUGAUAAGAUUUAAACAUUAAAUUUAUUUAAA